AUGGCCGGGUUAUGUCAGGGGCUGCCACGUGACCCUGUGGCGCGUGGAAUCCGGGCCAGCUGGAACUUCUUCCCCCUCCAGCCCGAAUCCCGCGAACGAACCCUCCUCGAUUGCUCUCUGCCCUCGACCCCGAUCGCCGGUGCGCUCUACUCACUCGUCGCGCCUGGCGAGCUUCCCCGUCUUUCCGAGUUACGUCCUUAUCCGUUAGACUUUCUUCAGUCGCCCCUCGUCAUGGAUUUCGACAGCCUCAAGAACCAGGUUAGCAACCUGACCUUGUACGAUCUCAAGGCGGGUGUCCGCAAGGUGCAGAAUGCUGUCAUGAACUAUACCGAGAUGGAGUCCAAGGUUCGGGAGGCUACAAACAAUGAACCUUGGGGUGCUUCGACCACUUUGAUGCAGGAGAUUUCCAGUGGAACUCACAACUACCAACUGCUCAACGAGAUCAUGCCAAUCAUCUACAAGCGUUUUACCGACAAGGCUGCAGAGGAAUGGAGACAGAUUUACAAGAGCCUUCAACUUCUCGAAUUCCUUGUCAAGAACGGAUCAGAACGGGUCGUCGACGAUGCGAGAUCUCACAUGUCCCUGCUGCGGAUGCUCCGGCAGUUCCACUACAUUGAUGCGAACGGGAAGGACCAGGGUAUUAACGUGCGCAACCGAUCCUCGGAGUUGGUGAAGUUGCUGGGUGAUGUGGAUCAGAUCCGCACCGAGAGGAAGAAGGCCCGCGCCAACCGGAACAAGUUCAGUGGGUUUGAAGGUGGCAUGAACGUCGGAAGCAGCAUGGGCUCCGGUCGGUAUGGAGGCUUUGGGAGUGAGAGCAUGGGAUACGGCGGGUACAGCGGAGGUGUUUACGGAGAUGGCGGAGGGUUUGGGGGUGCUACCCCCUCUGACUUCCAGGACUCGGGUCGCAGGCAAAACCGAUUCGAUGAGUACGACGAGUACGAUGAGGCGGACGCUUCUCCCGCGCGCCGGCCUGGAGCUAGCCCUCCUGCUCGCACGAAGCAGGAGGCCAAGAAGCCAGAGCCAAUACCGGAUCUCUUCGACUUUGGUGACGACGAACCCCCAGCGCCUGCCUCCACUGCUGCAGGCAAGCAGCCCGCGGGCAGUGCUUUGAACAUGCUGGACCCUAGCCCGGCCGACGACGACGAUUUCGAUGACUUCCAGUCCGCCACGCCGGCCACCUCGCAGGCCACCUCGUCGAACCAGUUCGCCAUCCCGCCCCCAGGGGCCACCCACAGCACGACCUCCAGCACACAGUUCGUCGCCCCGCAGCCUGUCUCCGCGUCACAGGGUGCCAACAUCAACGGCUUAGUCGGCUUCACAUCAGCCACCCCGACGCCCUCGACCAGCUCAAUUACUUCCCCCGUGUCGCAAACCGCGCCCAUCCAGCAGCACCAGAAGCCCAUGGCCCCCAAGCCGUCGGGCUACCAAGCCGCAACCCCCAACUACUUCACCUCCAUCGCCACUUCCGCCAACCCUUCGCAACCCCAGUUCUCCCAAGCCGCGUCGUCAUCCACCUCCACGGCGGCAGCCCCCUCCGCCACAGCGAGCAAACCCGUCGCCGCGAAGUCUUCCGGAGACGCCUUCGGCUCACUCUGGUCCACUGCCAGCGCCAGCGCCGGCAUCCAGAAGACCAGUACCGGAAACAAGGGCCCCAACCUCGCCAGCAUGGCGAAGGAGAAGGCCAGUGCCGGCAUCUGGGGCGCGCCCGCGCAGUCCUCCAGCGCUGCUGCUCCGAUGGGCCAGCAGCAGCAGCAGCAGAAGUCAACUGGUAGCUCUGGUCUUGAUGACCUGCUUGGAUAG